AUGGACGAUUUAGUCAAGAGGGUGCCUCCUUUCAAAGAGCUGAGACUUCCGUCCUUGUUCUCAGAUUUCACUGAGCUCCGGGAAAUCAACCCUGAGGGCUUUGCGGCUAACGUCGAUGCAUGGGCAACUCUACUUCUAGAGGGUCUUCGGUCUCAUUUUUUCAAAUCUUCUGUGUCAAUUGCUUCGGCUGGGCUCCCGCUGGAACUUUCGCUUCCCAGCCAUGGCGAACCCAAAGCGUUGGCGCUUGUGUUGGAGGAGCUCAUCAAAUCCAAGAAGUACAUUCCAUUGUCUAUCUACAAGGACACUUCGCCAUACUCUGCCCGCAGAUUAGCGGACUAUAUCUCACCAAUGAAGUGGCUCCUGGCGACCUGGGCUCUGAUGAAGCUUUCGUCGUUCAAAACCAGUUCCAAGACUGGACAUCUUGUUCCUGAGAGCUACAUUCACAUAGAUCAUCUCGCGGCCGUGGGUGACAAGAUCACAAAACUAGUGCUGCUGAGGCUAGACAAGGAAGGCGUUUAUUCGAGCAGGUUACUCGACGACGAGAUGUUUGCCGCUGUUGUGAGAGAAGUGCAUGACCAUAUCAGUGAUUCGGACAUUGAGGUGCUUUACACUUAUAUCUCGCGGGACGCUGGCAAGAUGACUCUUGUCAAGCAAAAUAGCAAGUCAAAUAAGAUCUACAUCAAGUUUGGCACCAGUGAGGCUGAGAUCUCCGAAGAUGAUAUCUCCAUCAUCAAGUUGAAGUCCAGCAUUCAAAGCGUCGCUCUGCGAACCGCUUUGUUGGAACAUCGUUUGGACGUGGAGAUUCCUGAGCGUAUCCAGCAUCUUCUCAAGCUAAAGGACUCGUCUCGUCAAGAAAGACUCAAAAAUGUACUCAUCCAAAAAGCUCAGGUCAAGAAGUCUCUUCUGAAGUGUCACCUGGCCUCUACUCAACUUGCAUCUGUAAUGGAAGCGAUUAAUGAUGCUCAAGGCAAUGCUUCAUUGUAUGAGACUUUGCAGUCUACCAAAUCAACACUUCUGUCUUUGAACGAGAAGGUAUCUUUGGAUGAGCUUGAUGAGCUUCAGGUCGAACUCGAUGAGGAGAUCGCUGCUACCAACACAGUCUCUGACGCUUUGGUUGUUCUGAAGGAUGGUGUUGAUGAAGAAGAAAUUGACGAUGAAUUGGAGAGAUUGGAGAAGGAAGAGAAGGCCAAGCUGGGCCAGAAGAAGGAGCCUUCACAACAGUCAAAUACCCCAGAAGAACUUCAGAAGAAGUUGGAGAACUUGAAUAUCAAGGAUACAUCACCACCCAAGCAACAAGAGAACAAAGAGGAGAAAGAGGCUCCUCAAUUAUUGCAUAGCUAA